GUAAUGCCUCUCUCACCUGUGACCCGUUGGGCAUCUACCACUUGCCGCUGGAUACUUCCAGAAGCUCUCACCUUGUGUUGGAUCUUGAGGUCAUGGCAGAGUAUAUGUACAAUGUUGAGUUCCAAGUUCAGCUUGUCAGCUUCUUCACUCAGAAUGUUCACUAUGAUUACAGCAAUCAUGCACAAGAAGAACCUGCGCAAGAGUCUGGACUUGCUCACCAGCAAGAUGAGACUUCUGCCAAUCCUCAGCCUUCUGAAGAAGCACUCGUUACAGAGGAUAAAUGGGUACUCAAUGAUACUCGUGCUACCAAGUUCGAAUAUGAAGAUGGCACUUCCCAACAGAAGGUGGACAAUUGGCGUGGCAAGGAUGCUCCGAAGGUAGUGAGGCAAGAGAAACCUUGGAAGGGCACUACCAUUUUCAAGGUCAAGCCUGGAGGUUUCGAACGCCGGACCAACGUCCGGGUAUCAAUCUCAGUAGGCAAUCGCCGUGGUGACGUAGACGAAGAAAUCUACGUUCCAGACUCUGUCCAUGAGCCUUCGUCUUCCAGUCGCAAGCCGCCUUCAGGAGGCUCAUCCAACGAUGAGGUACCUGGCGGAAAGCCGUUGCCCGGCGGCUCGUUCAACGACGAGGGACCUGGACCUUCACAGCGUCGAGAGCAAAAGAAGCGUGAGGGUACUCCAGUAGCUAAGGAAGACACGUCCCUAGAACCUAGGCGGGUAGAGCUUCCUUUGCCUGGUCAAGAGCUUAGUGCUGCCUCACCUAGACUUCCUGAGGACAGGACCGCGACGCAGCUGAGGACCAUAGCCAUGAAGGCUCAUCUGGAAGCGCGCCAGUCCACAGGCCUCAAGAAGGACCUGGCUAAGCGAGUUAUGCCUUCGGACGGCGCCAACCGGAUCAUCCGGGAUCCACGGGUUCUGAUGAUCCGUCGUUUCAGUAUCCUCCUGUUCCAGGAGAAGAUCUCAGUGAUCCGGCGGAAAUUCUUCCGCCUGGUCCUCCGCCAUGAUGGUCCAUCAGGGCCUUCCGCUGGCGCCGUACCGCAAUAUUCCGAUCCGGACGUUCCGUUGUCACAUCAGGGCACGAGCGCUCCGACACCUUCAUAUCCGCCAGACGAUCCGCGCCGCCUUCGUCGGGUAGCCGGCCGGGCCUUCCAGUUACGGAAGGAGAAUUUCCCAUUGCUCAGUCUCCUGAGCCGGAUACUCCGGGGGAACAGGCUGCACCGGAUUCAGAUUCUGAUUCUGAUGCCACCAUUGACUAUGAAGGUUGAAGCCCAGCCCAACUCGGCUGACAAGACGGCUGAAAUUGCGGCAGGCUCUUCCACCGAAGAGGAAGCCGACUUCUGUCACUUCCUUGAGUCCUUUGUAGUGAAGGAUCCGUCAGUUACCUCCGGCCAUACGGAGGAAAGGUCCGUUGAAGAUUAUCCCGACAUUGCGCAUGCGCUUACGACUCGGAAGGAUGUCAAUGACAUCAUGUUCACAGGACAGAGAGUUGCUUGGGUGGUUGAUGACAAGACCAAGAAGAAGAAGAAGUAUAUAG